CAUUGCAGCCAAGACAGAGACUUUGCUAGCUAACUCUUGCCUCUUAGUCAUCUAGUGCUGCUAGCUGAGAUAAGCCUUUCUGUAGUAGUAUAGCUCCAAGCUGCGAGGAAAUUAAGAAGAAAGCCUCAAGAGAGAAGAGGGCAUGGAAAUGGAGGCCGGCUCUGCUUCCAUGGGCGAGAUGCCGGCGAGCAGGUUCUCGCUGCCGGUGGACUCGGAGAACAAGGCCAAGUCCAUCAGGAUCUUCUCCUUUGGCAACCCUCACAUGCGUGCCUUCCAUCUCGGGUGGAUGUCAUUUUUCGUAUGCGUUGUGUCCACCUUCGCCGCUGCCCCGCUUGUCCCCAUUAUCCGCGACAACCUCAACCUCACCAAGGCCGACAUCGGCAACGCCGGGAUCGCCUCCGUCUCGGGCGCGAUCUUCUCCAGGCUUGCCAUGGGCGCCGUGUGUGACCUCCUUGGCCCGCGCUACGGUUGUGCCUUCCUCGUCAUGCUCUCGGCCCCUGCUGUCUUCUGCAUGUCCGUCAUCGACAGCGCGGCAGGCUACAUCACCAUCCGCUUCCUCAUCGGUGUCUCCCUCGCCACCUUUGUGUCGUGCAGUUAUUGGGUGAGCACCAUGUUCAACAGCAAGAUCAUCGGGACGGUCAGCGGCCUGACGGCGGGGUGGGGCGACAUGGGCGGCGGCGCCACCCAACUCAUCAUGCCUCUCGUCUUCGACGCCAUCGAGGCGUGCGGCGCGACGCCUUUCACGGCGUGGCGCAUCGCCUACUUCGUGCCGGGGUUGAUGCUCGUCGUCAUGGGCUUGCUCGUUCUUACCAUGGGACAGGACCUUCCCGAUGGUAACCUCAGGAGCCUCCAGAAGAAUGGUGACAUGAGCAAGGACAAGUUCUCCAAGGUAAUCCAUGGCGCCGUCACCAACUACCGUACAUGGGUCUUCGUCUUCAUCUACGGCUACUGCAUGGGCGUCGAGCUCACCACCAACAACGUCAUCGCCGAGUACUACUACGACAGCUUCCAGCUCGACCUCCGUGCCGCUGGCACCAUAGCUGCGUGCUUUGGAUUGGCCAACAUCUUCGCCCGCCCCAUGGGAGGAUACCUCUCCGACCUCGGCGCCCGCUACUUCGGCAUGCGCGCCCGCCUUUGGAACAUCUGGAUCCUCCAGACCGCCGGCGGAGUCUUUUGCCUCUGUCUCGGCCGUGCAUCGGCCCUCCCGGCCUCCAUCGUAUGCAUGGUCCUAUACUCAAUAUGCGUCGAGGCCGCGUGUGGCGCCGUCUACGGCGUCAUCCCCUUCGUCUCCCGGCGGUCCCUCGGCAUCAUCUCUGGCAUGACCGGUGCUGGCGGCAACGUCGGUGGCGGGCUCACGCAGUUCCUCUUCUUCACAACGUCAAAGUACCCCACAAGCAAAGGGCUCGAGUACAUGGGCGUCAUGAUCAUAUGCUGCACGCUCCCCGUGGUGCUGGUGCAUUUCCCGCAGUGGGGAUCCAUGUUCUUCCCUGCUAGCACCGACGCCACCGAGGAGGACUACUAUGGCUCCGAGUGGUCACAUGAGGAGAAGAGCAAGGGACUUCAUCUCGCCGGCCAGAAGUUCGCCGAGAACUCAUUCUCGGAGCGCGGCAGGCGCAACGUCAUCCUCGCCGCACCUGACGGGUCGCCCGAGCACAUAUAAGCUAGAGACCCUAGUUAAUUAUUUUACCUCCUUUGUCGCACGUAUAUGUACGAUAUACGUGCGUACGUACACACCGUAUAUAUACGUAUAGAUACAAGCAUAUGCGCCAGGGGUCUAUAGGUUUUGGCAGUGCACCCCCAUAAGGAGGGUGUGGUUUUCCCACACUACAUGACUUUGUGGGUGUACUUACUUAAUUGUCCAAUUAAGCCCUUUUAGAAAGGAGCUUAUAGGCAUUAAUUAGUCUUCACGUCGGUGUGUGUGCUUGUAAUAUGUGAUGACAUCAAGAGACCAAUAUUAAGAGAAAA